UCGGGUCAGCGGGCGCUGCAGUAGUCGCCGCAGCGGCGAUGGGAGCGGUGGGGACCAGGCGGCGGCGGCGGCGGCAGCAGGAGGAGCAGGAACUGGCACGAGAGCAUCGGCUGGGGGCAGACAGCGGCAUUCAGAGCAGCCUCCGCCGCCGCCGCCAGUAAACGCGGACGGUAUCCGAGGGGAACUACCCAGCCGGCCAGCUCCGAAGCCGCGCUCGGGUCCCGCCGCAGUCGGCGGCGGGGGAUGGGCAAGCGGCGGCGGCCCCGCUGAGGGUUGAUCCCUGCGUGUCCCGGCCCUGAGCCAGCCCCGAGCCCUCCGCCCGAAAUCCCUGCGUCCGCUGACCCAGGUUAAAUGGAAACCACCCUUGGGAGCUGGAUGCCUGUGUAGCCAUUCUACCACAUCAGUGAAUUGCAAUGAGUGGAGGAGGAGAGCAGCCGGAUAUCCUCAGUGUUGGAAUCCUGGUCAAAGAAAGAUGGAAAGUCUUGAGGAAGAUUGGGGGCGGGGGCUUUGGAGAAAUUUACGAUGCCUUGGACAUGCUUACCAGGGAAAACGCUGCUCUGAAGGUGGAAUCAGCUCAGCAACCAAAACAGGUUCUGAAAAUGGAGGUUGCUGUAUUGAAAAAACUACAAGGGAAAGACCAUGUUUGUAGAUUUAUUGGCUGUGGGAGGAAUGAUCGAUUCAACUAUGUGGUCAUGCAGUUGCAGGGUCGGAAUCUGGCAGACCUACGCCGUAGCCAGAACCGGGGCACAUUCACUAUUAGCACUACUCUUCGGUUGGGUAGACAGAUUCUGGAGUCUAUUGAAAGCAUCCAUUCCGUGGGAUUCUUGCACCGUGACAUCAAACCGUCGAACUUCGCCAUGGGUCGCUUUCCUAGUACAUGUAGGAAAUGUUACAUGCUUGAUUUUGGCUUGGCUCGACAAUUUACCAAUUCCUGUGGAGACGUCAGACCACCUCGAACUGUGGCAGGCUUUCGAGGGACAGUUCGUUAUGCAUCAGUCAAUGCUCAUCGGAACAGGGAAAUGGGAAGACAUGAUGACCUUUGGUCCUUAUUCUACAUGUUGGUGGAGUUUGUGGUUGGUCAGCUGCCUUGGAGAAAAAUAAAAGACAAGGAGCAAGUAGGAUCUAUUAAGGAGAGAUAUGAGCACAGGCUUAUGUUGAAACAUCUCCCUCCAGAAUUCAGCAUCUUUCUGGACCACAUCUCCUCUUUGGAUUAUUUUACAAAACCAGACUACCAGCUUCUUACAUCCGUGUUUGACAACAGUAUCAAGACCUUUGGAGUAAUUGAGAGUGACCCUUUUGACUGGGAGAAGACUGGAAAUGAUGGCUCCCUAACCACCACCACUACGUCCACCACUCCUCAGCUGCACACCCGCCUGACCCCGGCAGCCAUCGGAAUUGCCAAUGCCACUCCCAUCCCAGGAGACUUGCUUCGAGAAAAUACAGAUGAGGUGUUUCCAGAUGAACAGCUUAGUGAUGGGGAGAAUGGCAUCCCUGUUGGUGUGUCACCAGAUAAAUUGCCUGGCUCUCUGGGACACCCUCGUCCCCCGGAGAAGGAUGUCUGGGAAGAGUUGGAUGCCAACAGAAACAAGAUAAAGCUUGGGAUUUGUAAGGCUGCUACUGAAGAGGAGAACAGUCAUGUUCAAGCAAAUGGUAUUCUGAAUGCUCCAAGCCUUGGUUCACCAAUUCGUGUCCGCUCAGAGAUUACUCAACCAGACAGAGAUGUUCCACUGUUGCGAAAAUUACGUUCCAUCCACAGCUUUGAGUUGGAAAAACGUCUGACACUGGAGCCAAAGCCAGAUACUGACAAGUUUCUUGAGAUCUGCCUGGAGAAAAUGCAGAAAGAUUCCAGUGCAGGAAAGGAAUCUAUUCUCCCCACUCUGCUUCACAAGCCUUGUGUUCCUGCUGUGUCCCGUACUGACCACAUCUGGCACUAUGAUGAAGAAUAUCUUCCAGAUAUUUCCAAGCCUGUCUCUGCUAACACCCCUGAGCAGGCAGAUGGUGGUGGCAGCAAUGGAUUUAUAGCUGUUAACCUGAGCUCCUGCAAACAGGAGGUUGAUUCCAAAGAAUGGGUGAUUGUGGAUAAGGAGCAGGACCUUCGGGAUUUUAGGACAAAUGAGGCUUUAGGCCAUAAAACAACUGGCAGCCCUUCUGAUGAGGAGCCUGAAGUCCUUCAAGUUCUAGAAGAAACUCCUCAAGAUGAAAAGCUCCAGUUGGGUCCUUGGGCAGAACAUGAUCACAUAAAGAAGGAAACCUCAGGUGCGAUCUUUGCACUUUCUGGGGGGAGCCCUGCCACUGCUGCUUCAGAACAAGAUGCAGAUAGGCUGGAACUCCGGGAUGGAGCUACCAGUCAGUUUAUUGCAGUGACACCCACAAGUCCAAUGGAAGCACAAGCGGAAGGACCCCUCACAGUGAUUACAAUUCCGAGACCUUCUGUGGCAUCCACACAGUCAACUUCAGGAAGCUUUCACUGUGGUCAGCAGCCAGAAAGAAAAGACCUCCAGCCCAUGGAGCCCACUGUGGAACUCUACUCUCCAAGAGAGAACUUCUCUGGCUUGGGUGUGACAGAGGGUGAACCUCCUAGUGGAGGAAGCAGAGCAGACUUGGGGCUUCAGGUAGAUCACAUUGGUCAUGACUUGUUACCCAAUAUUCAAGUAUGUGACAAAUCCCAAGACCUAGGACCGAAAGACCUUUCUAACCAUAACAGACUGGCUAUGAGAGAAUUUGGGAGUUUCCCUAGGAAAACUGAAGAGAAAUGCAUUCUUCUGGGGUCAGAUAAUGAAGAUGAGAAGUUAAGCAAAGGGCAGCAUCAUACUGAGAUUGCCUCUCUCCCAGGAGAUUUGGAAACUGUGGAAAGGGAUCACUUAGCUACUGCUGAGCCUCUUGAUGUAACAAAGACACAGACUUUUAGUGUGGUGCCAAAUCAAGACAAAAAUCAUGAGAUAAUGAAGCUUCUGGAAGCUGGAACUUCGGAAAUAUCUCCACGAGUUACUGACCCACAUGUUGAAGGACAGAUAGGCCAGGUGGCAGCAAUGCAAAAAAGCAAGCUAUCUAAGGAUGAUGACAUCAAGAGUGAACACUUGGCAAGUCAUCAAGGAGACCUCUCUACUUUUUUGUACCAAGAGGGUAAGAGAGAGAAGAUUGCCCCUAGAAAUGGAGAACCAUUUCAUUGUGUUUCAGAGAGUGAACAUUGUCCCUCAUCCCGGAAAGAUGUGAUUAGGUCAUCCUUUGUAACUAGACACAGCCGAAUCCCUAUUUUAGCACAAGAGAUAGACUCAACUUUUGAAUUAUCCUCUCCAGUCUCUGCAAAAGAAAAGCUCCUCCAAAAGAAAGCUUAUCAACCAGACCUAGUCAAGCUUCUGGUGGAAAAAAGGCAACUCAGGUCUUUCCUGGGAGACCUCUCAAGUGCCUCUGAUAAAUUGCUAGAGGAGAGACUAGCCACAGUCCCUGCUCCCUUUUCUGAGGAGGACGCCUUCACUCCCUUUUCAAGACUGACUGUAGACUCACAUCUGAGCAGAUCAGCUGAAGACACCUUUCUGUCACCCAUCAUCUCCCAGUCCCGAAAGAGCAAAAUUCCAAGGCCUGUUUCAUGGGUCAACACAGAUCAAGUCAAUAGCUCAGCUUCAUCCCAGUUCUUGCCUCGGCCACCACCAGGAAAGCCACCCACAAGGCCUGGAGUAGAAGCCAGGCUCCGCAGAUAUAAAGUCCUAGGGAGUAGCAAUUCCGACUCAGACCUCUUCUCCCGCCUGGCCCAAAUUCUUCAAAGCGGAUCUCAGAAACCCCGGAGCACCACUCAGUGCAAGAGUCCAGGAUCCCCUCACAAUUCCAAAACACCACCCAAGAGUCCAGCUGUCCCUCACAGGAGUCCCAGUGCCUCUCCUCGAAGCUCUUCCUUGCCUCGCACAUCUAGCUCCUCACCAUCCAGGGCUGGGCGGCCCCACCAUGACCAGAGGAGUCCAUCCCCGCAUCUGGGGAGAAGCAGGUCACCUCCCAGCCACUCAGGAUCCUCCUCCUCCAGGAGGUCCUGCCAGCAGGAGCAUUGCAAACCCAGCAAGAACGGCUUGAAAGGGUCUGGCAGCCAACACUACCACUCGGCCAACACUAAGGCGCCCCCAGGGAAGAGUAAGUCUGCCAGUAAACUCAGCAGAUAGGAGCCGUGCUGCAUCUCUGUGAAAGGUGUGAGGUCUUCCUCCUAGAUCCGAUGCAUGUGUGUCCCUGUACUGUCUAUUUAAAAAAUCAGUGUUGAUCUUCUCUUGCAAAAGGAAGUAACACGAUAAAUUAUUUAUAAGAAGACAUAAAUAUAUGACAAGGGAUUACCCAAGGCAGGAAGCAAGCAGAUCAGGAAUCAAUGCCUUUACAUAGGAAGGGACAAUCCAGCAAAAUCAAAGGGAGAAGUUGAUUAAGUGAACUCUCAUUGUUUAGCUGCCUUUGAAACAAGAGAGUUUGAAGGUAGGAAAUGGAAUGGAAUUUUAAGGGAUUUGGCCUACUUUUUUUUAAGGCCUCUACUCAAAGAUUAUAUAGCAAAAGUAAAACAUUAUUUUAAUGCUUUCAUUCACAACUUCCCAUUGCUGGAGAGUCAGAAUUGCUCCCGUAGCGGAGCAUACAUGUGAGGAGAGGUCUAUGCUGGGAGCCACUGCUUGCAUCCAUUUGCCUCAUGUGUAUCUAGUGUACUGAGAAUUCCCACCUUUACUUUGCUUCAUUCCUAGUACCCUCCCCUGAUUUCAUAUUUCUUAAUGUAGUGUUUCUCAUUUGGUCCAAUCUCUUAUUUUAGCAAUACAUGCUAAUAUGCUUUUAGCAAUACAUGCUGAGAAUUUUUUUUUAGUCCCCCAAUAUUUUUGUUUGGAGCAACAGUUCUUAAAUCAGCAUAUUUUUAUUGUGAAGAAUAACUGAUGAGACUUAGAUAAAGGAAGGAAAAAAUCUAAAUAAAGCUAUUUUGCAGACUUUUGUGCUUUAGGAAGAGCAGGCAGGGCAUGGGGUACUACCCUUCCAGAUAGAAGAGCCCUCUUCCCCUCUGAUAGUUUCCUCCUUGUAGAAGGAAAACUGUUCCUAAAGUACAAUGCUGUGGAAUGUGACUUUAUGUAUUUAGAGAUUUAGAAAGAAAUUAGGUACUUGUUGAGGCUUAUUGUCCUCAAACUUUGUAUUUUAUACAUUUAGCAAGGAAUGAAAUGUGAGGAAAUAAAUUUAGGCUCAAUAUUUAUCUUUUAGUAUUUUACUACCUGCUUCUAUGCUUUAGUUUGAAUAUUUGGACUUUUUGACCUGAUUUCCAUAUAAUCUCAAUUUAUAAAGCUGCGGAGGAUCAUAUUUGUUCUAAUUUCACUGUUCUGCUAACAGGAGUCAGGAAAAAUUAAAUUAUGCUGGACUUUUUAAAUGGGCUCUUUUGUACUCUGUAGGUGUUUUGUGUUACAAAGACCUUAUUAAGGUCAGGUAAAUUUUUCUGCUUGCUGUUGAAAUCUGCCUUCUAGCAAACAUCUGUGCUUUCUUUUUGACCUUGUGUUUGCUGCCAAACCUAAUAUGGUUGAAUAGGAAAACAAAAAAAAGAAAGAAAUAUAUUUCCCCACCAAGUAAACAUACUCUAAUGCUGCAUCAAAGCUGCCCUGAAGCUGCACUGAAUUUUUCUCAUUCUCUUUAUCUGUUGAGCUUUUAAAAAAAAAAAAACUCAAAACACUAUUGAGACAUAUAUGGUCUCCCAUAAGAAAUGUAGCAUGGUAUGGAAUCUUAAUUUUUCUCUGGUUUCGAGCACUACAGAGGAAUGCAAUAGAUAAAGACGAUCUGCUGUUUAACUAAAGCAACUGUAAUAUUGGAAGACCAGUCCUUCUGUAUUAUAUUGUAUAAUAGUUGCCGUAACACUACCUGCAUGUUUUCAUAGUAAAUUAUAUAAAUAUUUAUAAAUAUAUAGAGAAACAUAUGCUUGUAUAAACUCAUUCUUUCUCAUUCUCCAUUUGUAAUUUCGAGAUCACAGAUGGUGAAAUUCCUUUUUAUUGUGUGCCUCGUGUCUACUUGGGCCUUGCCUGUCUUCAUUUUCUGAAAAUAUGUUCUUGGCAUGUGACACUUCAGAUUCUCCUUGACUACCUUGUGUAUAAUGCAAGGGUUGGCAGACUUUAAGAAGACAAGAUAGAUGAUGUAAUUUUCAUUUUUAAAAGAUUUUAAUAGGGGUAGUAAAUUACUGGGACUUGGUUGUAACACUGGUUCAAAGAUUUGUCAUGUUAAUCACAUAAUUCUAUUCUUAUGGUUAGAGUGGAUAAACUGGGGUGAUGAUAAUCAUGGGUCUGACAUAAAUUGAAUUAAAAAGAGAAUCUCUUAGAAGUUACCAUUCUACUUUCCUCUUUUUACCGUUUUUUAUCCUAGAUGUGGUAGGGAAGUAAUCUACAAUUAAGAAAUUAUCUUCUUUUUUUCUGUUAUGUAUUAGCUAAUUGUACUAAAAGUAGCCAGCUCUAAAUCCUGACCCCUCUAGUCAGAAAUAUGCUCUCCAUAACCAUUGGAAAAGCAGAAAAGGUUACAUUUGUGAUGUGUAUGUGAUUUUAUUUCUUAUUGGCAUUUCUCUUCUUGUCAAAACUAACAGGGCAACAUGGCAACUGAAUGUUUUCUCUCAUUCUUGGUUUCUAGUGUUUUUUUCCCAACUUUCCCACUCUGUUGCCCACUUUUCUAAGUGGCACUGACAAACUCAAGAUCCAGAGAGAAAUAGCCUCAUUGUGUAAGAACAUUUUAAUUUGCAUGUAGAAGUUUAACCAAAGGUGUUUCUGCACUGAUACUUUCAAAAGAAAACAGACUAAAUAUAUCUUAUGUAUCAGUAAGUCCACUUAAAAGUACUCUCUUAUAUAGAGAUUUACUUCAUGGUUCUUUAAAACAGUUUGUGCUUUUAAAUGUUAGAUGUUUCAGGCUAAAAAGAGAAGUUGGCAGCUCUGAGCAAAGCACUUCUGGCACAAAGUUUUUUGUUUUUGUUUUAUUUUAAAGUAUGAUAUACUUUAAAGUAUGAUACAGAGAACAAGUUGGGUUCUUGUUGUUUUUAGGUUUUUUAAAGUUUAUUUUUGGUUUUUUUUUAGUGAUGCCAUAUUUCGGAUUUCAGUGACAAACAUAGAUCACCAAAUAAUUUUAAGCCAGUUUGGUUAUUUUACUUAAGAGACAUAGCCAUUAACUGAAAUCAAGCCAAACUGUACUAAAGGUAGUAUGGGGCAGAAGUUAAAAUUAUCUUUUGAAAAUAAAAUGUCUGGUUGCCACACUUGCUCUUACCCUCCCUUGUUUAAUCUCUGGAAUUACUUGGGUGGAGCAGAAGAUGGAAUUAGGAUCAGCUCAGUCCCUUCAGGUUGCAUUCUUCCUAAAUUCUGCUGCCCAACCUCCAGCUGGUACAGAUUGGUUGAAAUACUAAAAGUUUGCAUAAUAAUCUUGCACAGCUUAAAAGCAUUUAACUUUAAUGUGUAGUGAAAAAGAAGGAAUAUUGGGUCAUAGUAAAUUUAAUCUUAUAGCACAGAUCAUGGACAUGUUGAAAUGGUAUGUCUCAGGUAGGUAGCUUCAUUCUUGCUGUGCAGGCUGGCUUUGGUGAUAGUGGCAUAGUUAUAUUUACUUUAUUUUAAGUUGCAUGUUAUGAAGUGAAUGUUUUUGUGAAAGUUGCCAAGUUAAUCAAGUCCUAAUUAAGUAGCAAAAUGGUAACUGAGGUCCACUGUUGUCCUUAGCCACUUUUUAUAUCGUUUGCUUUAAAAUACUAAACAAAUCUCAGCUGCUUACUAAUUGAGUGGACUAGUACAGAUCUCUGUUUAACUCCUAGUCAUUAUGGGAACUUGAGAUUCUUUGGUAAUCAUCAGAAAUUCCUUCCAGGCCACAGAGCUUAUGUGAUUGUUUCUAUGGUGGCAUUCAGUCAAGGAAAAAGUGUACAUUGGUGGGUGCAUGUUUUAUAAACCCAGACACAGAUAGUUAGAACUAUAUAUAAUUAGUUUUCUAUACCCAGUAGCUUUGAAUUAAAAACAGAUGCUUUUUCCCCAAGAGCAGAGUAUUCUUUGUUCUAGUAACUACAUUCUUAAUCUAACAUUAGGAAUUGGUGAUAGAAGAAAUGGGACCCAGAAUUCAGAAUUUAGUGGCAUAGGGGGAAAAAAGUACAUCUUACUCUGGCUCUUUGAAAAUAUAUUUAUUUGUAGAUAAGUCUAGAGUUAGUCUUAGAGAUCAAAGUUUUCAUAUUUUAAAACUUUCUUCAUUCCUUUAUAUCUGUCAAAACACAGCAUAUAUUAGGGAACCAUUUCUUCUGUCAUGUUCAUGUAUUUUGGAAUGAUGUUGUUUACAUUCUGUCUUUAAAAUAUGCCCAUUUCUGUUUUAUGUGCAUUUACCACAGAUGUGUUGGGACUUUGCCUAAUGGGAGAAAUAUUUUAGCACCUGUAUCACUGAGGAGAGAGAAUGGUUGAAGAUAACUACAUUAACAAUUGUCCCUUGAAUUUGGUUCUGUACAUAGUUAUUUAUUUUAGUACAAAAAGUAUUACAGGAUUAAGGCAUGUAACCACUAUGGUACCUAUGUUCAGAAACCACAGGUGCAUAUUUAUACCUUACCUGAGAGAAGGGAACAAGAGGCAGUUCCAGUCCCUAGACGUACGGAAGGAUGUAGCACAUGGAAAACCCCAGGUGGCUGUUAGGAUGUCCCACUUCCCUGUCCUCACCCAGUAGAACUCUGGGGUAUUCCUCGAGGAUGUGGGAGUAGUAUGAAAAUAUACCACUGGAUAUUCUCAGUCGUUUGGCUGUCAUUCUGUAAUUAUGAGAUAGUUAGCCCAGAUAGGCUUGGAAGACUGCAGAAUCUCUUGCUAACAUUGCUAGGGAGAAUGGCAGAAGGUAUAUAGGGAGGUCCUAUAGUUCUCAGGUAACUCUAGGAUGUGGGAUCCUAUUUGUUCAAAGGGGAAUUUGAAUGCUGCAUACCUCAAUUCAGGAGAAAUCCCUGGAUGGACAUGAACUGGCCUCUCAAUACAUUUUCCAAUUCAGCUGUGAUUAAUGUAAGCUUGAUAUUUAAUUAUUCCUCUUGAGCAAAUUUGAAUCAGAAAAUUAAAGUAUAUGGCAUGAUUAAGAUCACCUUGAGGUUAUACAUAAUCUCAAGAUACUGAGUAGCCAAGUAGUAACAUUUACUCAGUAAUAAUUUGACCGUUUCCUUGGACUUUGCUGGAUCCUUGUUCUUAAGGAGACAUGUAAAAAAAGUGAAGCCUUUUUCUUCAUUGCCUGUGAAACUUUAACAGAGUCUGCCUCUUUAAUUGGAAGUGACAGUAGGGGCACACUAUGGACUAGUGGUGAUGCUGACAUGUCUCUCAGAUACCCUGGGCUAGGGGGUUCUGGGUUUCUUGACCUAGAGAAUAGCAUUAAUCUAGAGAACAGGCAGAUCUUUGAGCCCAUGUUGACUAUAGAAUUUGCUGAUGACAUAAUUUUACACACUAACAGUGGAUGGGAAUUUUACCUCUCCAGUAGUUUUCAUAUUGUGUUUCAAUAUUGUUUCAUAUUGUGUGCAGAAGUGCUCACUCAUCCAGUUACAAACAUUGUGUAAACUAAGUUUUUAUAUAGACUACCCUUGCCAUAUAAUUCUUUUUUCCCCCUCACACAGUUGAAAUCCUUAAAAAUUCAUGCACAGCACUUCAGUACCUGGAGUCCGGGUGUUCCUCACUCUCAGGGGGAACACAAAGCUACCAGAGCCUAAUGUGAUCUGUCUUAGGGAGCAACCCAGAGAGGGGCAAGCCCUGGAGCCUUUCUCAAAACCAUCGUCUUUUUAAACUAUUCACAGGAUAAGUUCACUAAGGUAAGAAGCAUUCAGAAAUAUGAAGAUAAAGAAGAUAAAGAAAUUUAACACUGUGCUGCUUGGGGCUCUGAAACUGUAUUGGCGAAUUGGACAACAAGAACAGAUCGGAUGACCUGCAUUUGAGCCCCUCACUUCUCUCUCACGCAGGUCCUGGUCCCCAUCCUCACUCCUUUCCUCAAAUAGCCAGCAUCAAUUUCAAAGUUUACUUACAAGUUUAUAGCUCUCAGGAUAAAUGAGGAGGAAACAUCUACUUUGAAUUAGAUAUAAUCUUGAAAGUUAUGAAUGCUUCGCAGCUGUUAAACUAGACUGAAGCACUUACCAGAAGAAUUCUCUUGUCCAGCAAGACCAGUAAGUUAGGAUAGAGAACUUUCAUAAUUACAAUUUUCUUCCUUUCUUCUCCUCACGAAAUAAGAGUGAUGAGAAAUUGCUCCUUGAAAUACUUCCAAAGGUAUUGUUAUUGUGUCCCUUUCCACUCCACGCAUCCCUCUUCAUGCAUUUUUGCUCAGGCAACCAAGGACAUAGAGUAUUGGCAGAAACAUGAAGUGCUUUUGUAUAGGCCGUCUGUACAUAAAAGUAUAAUUAUUUAUUUAAUUUCCCCAUUUGUAUCAUAUUAAAGCUUUGUACAGUGUUUUAAGUUCUGUUUUAAAAUUAUUUUGUAUUUUAUUUUUAUAACCUAGUAAUAAAAUAUUCAUUCCGCAUGCAAA